ACAUCGUUGAAUAACUAGUCCGGUUUGGCUGAACCGGUUUAUCGAGAGAUUUAACCAUCGUGGAAGGAAAACCAAAGGACAAAACAAAACCUAACAGAUUUGGGGAGGAAGAAGAGAAAAUCAGUGUAAAGCUCAGCAGCCUUGGCCAAAGGUAGAAGAGAAGAAGUUAUGAAUGAAUUGAAAGUGGAGGUAGAGAGCAAUUCUUCUUCGCAAGAGUCUCUUCCCAAGCCCCAAGCCAUGUACAGAUGCAAGAAAUGCAGAAGAAUAGUGGCUAUUGAGGAGAACAUUGUCCCACAUGAACCAGGGAAAGGUGAAGAAUGCUUUGCUUGGAAAAAGAGAAGCGGUAACUAUGCUGAACGAGUGCAAUGCUCUUCCAUCUUUGUCGAGCCUAUGAAAUGGAUGCAAAAUAUACAUGAUGGAACUGUUGAAGAGAAGCUUCUUUGUUUGGGAUGUAACGCCCGGUUAGGUUAUUUCAACUGGGCUGGGAUGCAAUGCAGCUGUGGCGCCUGGGUUAAUCCCGCUUUCCAGCUCCAUAAAAGCCGAUUAGACGAGUGCAAGUCCGAGCCAAACCCAAAUCAGGGAACUGUAUGAAAGCAAACGUUCUUGGAUAACUAAUGGUUAUAGUCAAGAUCAAACUAAGCCUUUAGUUGUAUUGAACACAUUGAUGUGUGUGUUUUUUAUUUAUAAAUCCAGCAAAAGUUCAUCA